CAUUGAUUUCCAUCGAACCGCACUAGUCUCCUACCAUCCAAUCCCACAACCCGACCGGAGCUCUCCAACAAUCCACCCUGCUCGGCUUCCCACCCACGAUGGCACAACCCACCCCUCAAACAUGGACGCUCCGCUUCAAAUCCCACCGCACCACUGUCCUGCUGCACAUCGACCCACUCAACACCUUCGACACAGUCAAAUCCGCCCUCUACACCGCACUCCAGGAAACCGGCCUGCAAGCCACCGAACACGGGCCCUCGAUCUCGCUCCCCGCCUCGCCCUCGGACAUCCAACUCGGCCGGCCCGUUGACCCGCUGGAUCCCAGCCAAGGCUUUGUGUUGGCAGAGUGGGAGACACCUGCUUCGGACGACGAGGUUGCAAUCGAAGAGGAAGGAAAGGGGAAGGGCAGAGCUGCUGCAAAGGGGAAGAAGCAAGGGGCGGGGGAUGUAAAGGAUUGUCCCAAGGGCGCAGGGCUGAAAGACGGCGCGGUGUUGGCGUUCAGAUGGGAGGGUGACGGGACGAAAGAGGAGGCGAGCUGGGGUGUGCAGCUCGCGAGCUUUGAGGACGCGUAUGGAGUGCAGAAUGAGAUGGACGUUGGUGGGCGAGCGGAGUUCGAGGGGUGAGACGGGUGGUGUGGUGAAAAGCACUGGGGAAUCGAGAGCGAGCGUCUGAAGGCUGGGAAGAAGCUCCUACCUGUGCUUCAGUGGGUGUCGAUCAUGGGAACAUGCUUGGCAGGCUGCUUUGGCUGGAGCAAAGGGUGUGGGAGACCAAGAGGGGAUCGACAAAGAUCGGAGGCAUGCACAUCAGGGUGCAUACCGCCUGUGACCGAAAGCUUGCCUCUCGUGGUGCACACAACCAACGCCACGGCAAAGUGGAACGGAAACAACGCCCCAACAGCAUCACGUCCGGGUAGCUAAGGGAGCCUUUGGGUGGUCGGUCAACAGAAUCACGAGAAUAGAAGCAGAGAGAAGCAUAUGCGAAAGCGUCAUAUUCUCAUCAUAUCAUGACUACCCAAACCCAUAGUAUCUCCAAAACACCAUUACCAGC